AUGGUUGAAAAUCUUCGAUGGAAGAACAUUGAAGGAAUUAAUUUAAUGAAUAUUAUGCAACAUGAUGAUCCUUUAAUAGUUGUAUCCACAUAUACCAAAACAGUGCUUUUACUUAUUGAAAUACAAAUAUCAGUAUCAUUUAUCAUCAUAAUGCUCUCGUCAUUACUUAGGAUGAAUGUUCAAAAUAGCUGGCAAUUGAUAUCGUCCAUUAUCGCUGGUAUAUUGCUUCUGUUUGCAUGGCAACUGCAUUAG